CAGCGACAUAUUUCUGUUCGCGGCCCAACACCCCCGGUCGUGGCGAAGUGAAACGUCGUCUGUCCCAACACCCGAGAGCUGCGACCAAGCCAUUCGUUCCAGAAACAUAUCUCUUUUUUAUCGACCUCCUACUUCGUAGGCGGCUUCACUCUUCACACCAGCGGCACAAACUGAUCAGGGCCUGGAAAUUGCUGGCUCAUUACAGCCGGAACCCCGCCCUCCCCAAGGCCGCGCCUCCCACGAAACCGCUUCAUCUCGAUCUUUUGAUCUCGACCAGGACGCCCCACCCUCCCAGCAACCGCCUAAUUGCUUCGAGUGAUUCUAAGCUGCCACGCGUCUGGCCCGACCACGACCCCCUCCUCUCCUGAUAUCCUCUGUUCUUUUGUUCGUUCCAACAACUCCCCGACAAACCGUUAUCCAUGGAUCUGCGCAACAACCUCUUCAGCAAACCCGCUCCCCGCGGAGGAGCUCCAGGUCUUCCUGGACGCCAGAUACAGCGACCUCCAGGAGAUACUGCAGGAUAUGCGCCCGUUCCAAACGGCUACGAUCCUUACGGUGGACGCUCACCUGCGCCCGCACGACCGCAAAACCCCCCUGGCGGGGGUGGUGGCUACGGCGGGGGAUAUGCUCAGAGCCGAGGCCGACAGGUGCGGUUGAGGCUGGCAAAGGUCGAAGACAAGACGUUGCAGGCACAGUACAUCUUUGGAAACAUCUGCGCUGUGUCACCCAAUGACUUCCCUCCCAACCGCGACGGCACCGACCUCUACGUACGCCUGACCGGUAACCAGCUCCGCGGCGACUAUGUGGUCACGGCGCGCCCGACACCCGGCUUUCCCGACGGCUGCAUCAGCCUGUCGGAUCCCCAGCGGACGUGGUGCGGAGUCGGUAUGAUGGACGAGGUGGUCGGCGAGCUGUACGAUCCCUUCAGCCAGGGCGGGCAGGUGUACAUCGGCUCCCUCGACGUCGAGAUCGGCUUCGCGUCGGCGAGGAAGAUUGUGGACGCCCCCUACGACCAGGACGAGCUGGCCGCCAUGUUCGUCAGGAACUUCCAGAACCAGAUCUUCGCGCCCGGCCAGAGGCUGCUCCUCGACGUCCAGAAUGUCCCCUUGGCCAUCGUGGUCAAGACGGUGACCCUGAUCGAUCUCACCAUGCAGCAGAGGCCAACCGACGAGCCUCCCACGCGCAGCGACCCGCAGGCCCGGGGUAUCCUCACCAGCCAUACCAGCAUCGGCUUCUACAAGGACGCCAGGUCGCCCAUCAAACUCAAGGGCUCCAACAAGCGGCCGGCCGCCAACGCCAUCAUCAGCCCCGACUUCAAGUUCGAGGACAUGGGCAUCGGCGGCCUCGACACCGAGUUCUCCACCAUCUUCCGCCGCGCUUUUGCCUCGCGCAUCUUCCCGCCGGGGCUCAUCGACAAGCUCGGCAUCAUGCACGUCAAGGGCAUGCUGCUGUACGGGCCCCCCGGCACGGGCAAGACGCUCAUCGCCCGCCAGAUCGGCAAGAUGCUCAACGCCAGGGAGCCCAAGAUCAUCAACGGCCCCGAGGUGCUCAACAAGUACGUCGGCCAGAGCGAGGAGAACAUCCGCAAGCUCUUUGCCGAUGCCGAGAAGGAGUACAAGGAGAAGGGCGACGAGUCCGGGCUCCACAUCAUCAUCUUCGACGAGCUUGAUGCCGUCUGCAAGCAGCGAGGCUCGGGUGCCGGCGGCGGCACCGGCGUCGGCGACAGCGUCGUCAACCAGCUGCUGUCCAAGCUCGACGGCGUCGACCAGCUCAACAACAUCCUCCUCAUCGGCAUGACCAACCGCAAGGACAUGAUCGACGACGCCCUGCUGCGCCCGGGCCGCCUCGAGGUCCAGAUCGAAAUUUCGCUGCCCGACGAGUUUGGGCGCUCCCAGAUCCUCAAGAUCCACACGGCCAAGAUGAAGGAGAACAACGUGAUGGGCGACGACGUCGACCUCGCCGAGCUGGCCGCCCUGACCAAGAACUUCUCGGGCGCCGAGCUGAGCGGCCUCGUCAAGUCGGCCACCUCCUUCGCCUUUGCGCGCAACAUCAAGGUCGGCACCAUGGCCACCGUCAGCGAGGACGUCGCCAACAUGAAGGUCGUCCGCCAAGACUUCCUCAACGCCCUCGAGGAGGUCAAGCCCGCCUUCGGCGCCGACGGCGCCGAGCUCGAGGACGCGCUCCCGUACGGCAUCAUCCACUUCUCCCAGAGCAUCCCCGCCAUCCUCAACGACGGCAUGCUCUACGUCGAGAACGUGCGCCAGCAGGAGAGGCUACGGCACACCUCGGUGCUGCUACACGGCCCCCCGGCCAGCGGCAAGACGGCGCUGGCCGCCCACAUUGCCAUGAAGUCGGACUACCCCUUCAUCAAGAUCAUCACUCCGGCAUCCAUGGUCGGCUUCCGGGACGAGGUGGCCAAGAAGGACCAUCUCCACAAGAUCUUUACCGACGCCUACAAGUCUCCUCUGAGCAUGCUGAUCGUCGACAACAUCGAGCGGCUCAUCGAGUGGAACCCGGUCGGCCCGCGCCUCUCCAACAGCAUCCUCCAAGCUCUCGUCACCCUCCUCCAAACGCCCCCGCCCAAAGGGCCACCGCCUCCUCAUCCUCGCCACCACCUCACAGCUGUCCGUCAUGGAGCAGCUCGACAUCACUACCGCGUUCGACCGCCAGAUCCGCGUGCCCGCCGUCCAGGACACGCGCGAGCUGUCGGCCGUGCUGGCCGAGUCGGGCGCCUUCGAAGGGCCGGGAGACGUCAACCUGGUGCUGAACCGCCUCCGCGAGUACUCCAACUCGGACCGCGUCGGCGUCGGCAUCAAGACCAUCCUGACCACGGCCGAAACGGCCCGCCUGAGCGCCGAGCCCGCCGAGUGGUUUGCCGAGCAGAUCGCCACGCAGAUUGCGAGGUACAGUCCUUAUACGGGGAGGGAGUAGAGCUCAUUUUUUUCUUUUUUUUGGAGAUAGAAGCGGGUUUAGUUAAGAAGGGGUUUAUUUAUGGGAGGUUGGGUCGUCGAAUAGGCAUGACUCUAUAUUGCUGGUUGUUCCUCCCACCUGGGUUCUUCUUUGCGCUACAAUGAUGUGUCAUUGCCGACGUCUGGUGUUUAUGCUCCAACGUUCUUGACCGUAUACAGUGGUAUAUAUUCAUAUUUUGCUCAUACUCUUUUCCAAAAAAAAAAAAAAAAAAAAAGAUCGGUUUUUGCCUGCUUUCCGGGCUUCGGAAAGCAGAUGCCGAGGCAGAUCAAAAGUUAAGCUCCCUCCUACCUACCUCUAAGAAAAGAAUAGAAAAGGAAACCAGGAAC